GGGUCUGAUGUGGGCAUGAGUGUAGAGGACGGGGGAGUGCCAGGCCUGGGCCGUCCCAGGCAGGCCCGCUGGACUUUGAUGCUACUCCUGUCCACUGCUAUGUACGGUGCCCAUGCACCAUUGUUGGCACUGUGCCAUGUGGAUGGCCACGUGCCCUUCCGACCCUCCUCAGCUGUGCUGCUGACCGAGCUGACCAAGCUACUGUUGUGCGCCUUCUCCCUCCUGGUAGGCCGGCCAGCAUGGCCCCGGGGGGCCCCGCCCUGGCGCCAGGCUGCCCCCUUUGCACUACCAGCCUUGCUCUACGGCGCUAACAAUAACCUGGUGAUCUAUCUUCAACGGUACAUGGACCCCAGCACCUACCAGGUGCUGAGCAAUCUCAAGAUUGGAAGCACGGCCCUGUUCUACUGCCUCUGCCUCCGGCGCCGCCUCUCUGCACGCCAGGGCUUCGCACUGCUGCUGCUGAUGGCAGCGGGGGCCUGCUAUGCAGCCGGUGGCCUCCAGGACCCUGGGAGCACCCUCCCGGGGCCCCCUCCAGCAGCUAAGGCUGGCCCCAUGCCCCUGCAUAUCACUCCACUAGGACUGCUGCUCCUCAUCCUGUACUGCCUCAUCUCAGGCUUGUCCUCCGUGUACACAGAGCUGCUCAUGAAGCGACAGCGGCUGCCCCUGGCGCUGCAGAACCUCUUCCUUUACACGUUCGGUGUGCUCCUGAAUCUAGGUCUGCAUGCAGGUGGCGGCCCCGGCCCAGGCCUCCUGGAGGGCUUCUCGGGAUGGGCAGCGCUCGUGGUGCUCAGCCAGGCCCUGAACGGACUGCUCAUGUCGGCCGUCAUGAAGCACGGCAGCAGCAUCACACGCCUCUUCGUGGUGUCCUGCUCGCUGGUGGUCAACGCCGUGCUCUCAGCGGCUCUGCUGCGGCUGCAGCUCCCAGCCGCCUUCUUCCUGGCCACUCUGCUCAUUGGCCUGGCAGUGCACCUGUACUAUGGCAGCCACUAGCCCCUGACCACCUUGACUCCUGACCCUGGAGGUUGGGCGUUACCGUCAGAGCCACCUCCCAGCUCCCUUUCCCUCAGCAGCCCUGUUACAAGUGCCUUGUGAGAAAAGCUGGGGAAGUGAGAGCAACCAGAUGGGUGGAUGAAGGUGUAUCCCUGAGAGACUUGUAGAGUGGGUUUGGUUAGGAAACUGGAAACUCUAAAACAUC